GCGAACGCAGGCGUUGCUAUAAAUUUUGUUGCUGAAUCUUCCUGCCAUCUAGACAUUGCCAUUUCAUACACGACGCUGGACCAUCUCCCUAGGAAACGCGGCUAUUCUCUCUCUCUACCCUUCUACGCCCAUCGGACCACAAACAGGAAAAGCAUAGAGAGAAGAGAGAAACAGACAGAACGGAGAGAGAGAGAGAGAGAGAGAGAGAGCGGGCAAUGCUGAGAUCGAGUGGUUGUAAAUUGAUUACUGGGUCAAAAGUUUAGGAGGCGAAGAAGAGUAGUAGGAGGUAGUGGGUGGGUAUAUGGGGAGUGGGACUUGGGUGGAUGUGGUUCGUCGGUGGUUUCAACGUCGCUCUGGUUCAGUCAAUACUCUUGGUAAUGGAAAUAGGCAUGUGGGUGUGACCGAUUUUGAAGCCAAAUCGUCAGUUACACCUUCACGACAAGAAGAAAAAAAGGAGUUAACCAUUCUUGAAGACUUCAAUAUUUCUGGCCUGAAGGUCAUCAAAGUCCCGAAACGCAUCAACUUCCCAGCUUCGUCCUCCAUGGAUCCUCACAAAAAGAACCCUUUGGAAACAGAAUUCUUCACAGAGUAUGGUGAGGCGAGCAGAUAUCAAGUUCAAGAAGUCAUUGGCAAAGGUAGUUAUGGGGUUGUGGGUUCUGCUGUUGAUACCCACACUGGAGAAAGGGUUGCAAUCAAGAAGAUCAAUGAUGUUUUUGAACAUGUUUCGGAUGCCACUCGGAUAUUAAGAGAAAUAAAGCUCCUUCGACUUCUCCGACAUCCUGAUAUUGUAGAAAUAAAGCAUAUUAUGCUUCCUCCUUCUCGGAGAGAGUUUAAAGACAUUUAUGUUGUUUUUGAAUUGAUGGAGUCUGACCUUCACCAAGUAAUAAAAGCAAAUGACGAUCUUACACCUGAACAUUAUCAGUUUUUCCUAUACCAGCUUCUUCGUGGUUUGAAAUAUAUUCACACAGCGAAUGUGUUUCAUCGAGACUUAAAGCCAAAAAAUAUCCUUGCUAAUGCUGACUGUAAGUUGAAGAUCUGUGAUUUUGGGCUUGCUCGUGUAUCAUUUAAUGAUGCUCCUUCAGCUAUUUUCUGGACCGACUAUGUUGCAACUCGAUGGUAUCGUGCCCCUGAACUUUGUGGCUCCUUUUUCUCCAAGUAUACUCCUGCAAUUGAUAUUUGGAGCAUUGGAUGCAUAUUUGCUGAGAUGCUUACUGGAAAACCAUUGUUUCCUGGGAAGAAUGUGGUACACCAAUUAGAUCUCAUGACUGAUUUGCUUGGCACUCCUCCUGCUGAAUCCAUUGCUAGGAUUCGGAAUGAAAAGGCCAGAAGAUAUCUCAGUAGCAUGCGUAAAAAACAGCAUGUUUCAUUUUCGCAGAAAUUCCCCAAUGCAGAUCCGUUGGCUCUUCGGCUACUGGAGCGAAUGGUUGCAUUUGAUCCUAAGGAUCGACCAUCUGCUGAAGAGGCAUUGGCUGAUCCUUACUUCAGUGGUUUGUCAAAUGUGGACCGUGAACCAUCCACUCAACCCAUAUCAAAACUUGAGUUUGAGUUUGAAAGGAGAAAAUUGACAAAAGAUGAUGUUAGGGAGUUAAUAUAUCGAGAGAUUCUAGAGUAUCACCCGCAGAUGCUUCAGGAGUAUCUUCGUGGUGGAGAUCAGACUAGCUUUAUGUACCCCAGAAGGAAGCUUUUGCUUCAAGAUUUCCUGGAUGACUGGGGCCUUGCAAGGAUAACAGUUUAUACCCAUCUGCACCAGAUUCAUCUUCUGAAAUGA